CUGCUGGCGAACACCGAAGAGCAUCGCGUAGCUUAUUAUAUACCAUGUAGAAAACGAUACUGCAUCCGAUGGAGUCCAGCUCGAGAUCGGUCCAGAGUGGAUCGCCGGGAGACCGUUUCGCCCUCCCCGCUUUCUCCACCCGAGUUUCUCGCCUAUAGCACUGUUAGACUCUACAGAGGGUGGAUGGUUCACCGUUUGAUACACGAACGUGCAGUUCAGCUCAUUCUGCUGUCUCACUUGGACGACGCCGACUCGUGGACAACCGACAUCUUAAGAAAAAAAAAAAAGAGGAGGCGCAAAAAACCAGCCUUGUCAGAGCAUCCACUCUAUUGCAAACUCAAUUUCUAGAGAACAAUCAACAUGGGUGCCUGAAAUUGAAGAGAGAGAGAGAGAGAGAGAGAGAGAGCCUCGUUCACAAUGUGCCAACAACACCAAGACCAAGCCCAAGAUGGCCGGUCGCACUACCGAGACCCCUUUCCCUGGCAUCUCGGCGCCUUUGACGCGCACUGCCAUCCCACCGAUACCAUGGCCUCGAUUGCCUCUCUCGCCACGCUCAACGCCCGAGUUCUCGCUAUCAUGGCCACCCGCUCUCAGGACCAGCAUCUCAUUGCCAAAGUCGCAACCGAGCAUGGCAUUUCCGAUUCGGACUCGCCUUUGAAUUAUCAAGGCGGCAGCGCGAGCGUAGACCCAGCUUCCGCUGCUCCAGUUGGCAAAAAGGCAUGCAAAGUUGUUCCGGCUUUUGGCUGGCAUCCAUGGUUCUCAUACCAGCUCUACGAUGAUACCGCCUCCAAUCCCACAUACAAGGCUCCCAAUCCCGAGAAUUCAGACACUUCAGCUGCAGAAGAUGCCAAGAUUGCCCAUUACAAAGUCGUUCUCUCGCCUACUCCCAAAGAGCCGUCUUUCCUCUCUUCUCUUCCCCCUCCAACCCCCCUAUCGUCAUUCAUCGCAUCCACUCGCGAAUACCUCCUUGCUUUCCCUCACGCUCUAGUUGGCGAAAUCGGCCUCGACAAGGGCUUCCGUCUCCCCCAACAAUGGCUCCCCGACGACGCAUCUUGCCGUGACGAGGGCCUCACCCCCGGCGGGCGGGAGGGCCGCCUCCUCAGCCGGUACCGAGUGCAGAUGCAGCACCAGCAGGCAGUCUUGCAGGCGCAGCUGCGGCUCGCGGGUGAGACGGGGAGAGCAGUCAGCGUGCAUGGGGUGCAAGCCCACGGCGUGCUGUAUGACACCAUGGCGGCUUGUUGGAAGGGCCACGAGAGGAAGAUCCUGUCCCGAAGGGAGAAGAAAAGGAUCGCCCCCGGGGCCGAAGAGAGCAGCAGCUCUGAUGAUGAUGACGACAGUGGAACUAAUGAACUGGAGACAGGAGCUGCUGCAAAGAGCAAGAAAAAGAAACCGGCACUCGGCAAACCCUUCCCACCGCGAAUAUGCCUCCACUCCUACAGUGGCAGUGCCGAUACCCUUAAACAGUGGUUCCAUCCCGCAGUCCCCUCCAAAAUCUUCGCAUCCUUCUCCACGGCCGUCAAUCUAGGCACCGACGGUGGCAGGGCAAAACUCGAGGGCGUCGUGCGUGCCGUGCCUGACGACAGGAUCCUCGUAGAGAGUGACUUGCACAUGGCGGGUGACGAGGCCGAGGCGGUGCUGGAGGAUAUGUAUCGGCUGGUGUGUGAGAUUAAGGGGUGGGAUCUCGAGCAAGGGGUUGGGACUAUAGGGAAGAAUUUUCAAGAGUUCGUGUAUGGUUAAUUAGAUGUAGCAGAUUCGAC